AUGACUUUGGGACCAUAUCACAAGGAUGAGGAAGAAUAUUGGAAAGGCAGUAAUGAAUUAGCAUCUUCUGAGCACGUCCAACAGAAUAAUACUCACAACGUCAUGAUGAUUCGACAGUUGUUCGAACGUUUUCUAAAAGAGGCACGAGAAUAUGCGAAGAUCAAGGAGAAAUUAGAUAAAAGCGAAAAGACUUUAGCGACAGUUCAACAAAGAUACUCGAACUCUAUCGAUAUGUAUUUCCAGGUAAAAAGUGCUCUGGAGAAUGCACGAGAUAAACUUAGUAAAUGCCAACAAAUUCGGCAGGCCAUGAGGCCGAAAAAUGAGAAUGAGGCGGUACCGGAAAUGGAGAUAGUUCUGGCGCGUGAUAUUGCAUGUCACCAAAAGGUUCUAGUGAACUUAGAGGAAGAGGUCACACAAGCACAGAACGAGAUCCGUGAUUUAUUCAUGGAACAGAUCGAUAUGCGUUCGAGACUAAAGUCAGGUUUUCGGGAGUAUUGUAAACAAAUGGAUGUAUUACCACUUUACAGUGACAAAUUGAUGAAACUAUUGCUGGAACCGGUAGAAAAGAAGUCAUUGGAAGGAAUUAAACGAAAGUUCAAUCAGUUUCAACGAGCGAUGAUGCGUAAGUUCGAGGUAAAUGCUGAAUGAC